CGCGACCUGCGCUCAGACGACGGUUUAGUGUUGUUGUAUUAAGUGUGAUCGUGACUGUCUGGCGGUGCUUUAACGCUUUCUAUAAGAUUUGGAACGUUAAUUGCGAAUCUCUCUUCGGUUAGUUUUGCAAAAAUUCCUGCAGAAUGCGAUUUUGUUUCGAGACAAACGAGCCAACGAGGUGAGGCUUGUUUGGCUGACCGUUUGCUGGAGGAAAAUGUGUUUUGUCGUUGCGGUGUUCAGCUGAUGUGGAAAAUGAUAUCAUAGUUGCUUUUUUCUUUUUCUUGAAAUAAAGUGAGGAUGAAGAUGAACUAUAGUGAUAAAUGAUAAAAAGAACAAGACAGAGGAAAUAAGUAUGACUUCAGUUGUAAGGCGAAGAGUUUACAGUUUUGGCUUCGCGUGUAUAUUGGCAGCGUUGGGACAAGUUGCUGUGUAUUUAUUCAUGCUAGCAGUAUGUGUUCGACAAGAAUACCAAGAUGUCCAAGUUGCCAGUGCGAGUGGCAUCAUGGCAGCCAUGACUGCAGUCUACGCGUGGCUGACAGGGAGGCUGAUGUUCCUCCUUUAUGAGCGUCGGCACAGCGAGAUCACGUGUCUGGAGUGGGUGUGGUGGCUGUGCAGCAUCAUCGUCACCGUCUUCAACAUCCUGCUGUGCGUGUGGUUCGGCCUCCUGUCGGACAUCCUCCCCACAGCUGUGUCUGCUGUGGCGGCUGCGCUGUACCUGCUGUUCUUCAAGUUCGCCAAGGAUGACAUUAAGCAGAUGGGGGAGGAGGAGGAGGAGGCGGCAAGCAGGGAAGGUCCAGAAUAUAUUGAAUGAUCGACACCAAAGAUCUACCAAGAAAUUAAAUAAAUGAACAGACUACCUACAAAGAACGACCGACAGUUUAAUAAGAAAAAGAUAGAUUUUAUUUGUGUGUGGAUAUUUGAAUAUAAAAGUAUUUGUCAGAGAAACUGUGAAUAUAACCUAUGAAUAUAAUUCAGCUAUACCCAUAACAUAUCGUAAGUAUUUAUUCUAUAAAUAUCUAUAAAGGCCUUAAAAGAUUUUUUUUUCCGAGAUGGAUAUUCAUUUGCAGAUUUUAUGUUUUGUAUUCACUGGAGUAAAUUGUAAAAGAGAUGCUGGUUAAUUUUCAUAUUCCAACACCCAUGAAUAAUUAAAAUACUCCAUGACUGUCUUAAUGCAGGUCCCAAGUCGGGUAAUUUAAUUUUGUAAUUAUAUUCUGCUUUAAUAAAAUAUUGACGAAC